UGGUUGAUACUGAGAUUUAUAAAAGUGAUUUUGAAAAAUUGGAUCUGCUCUGCUAAUUGCUUCACCAGUCACGUUCCAUCGACGACAAAUAUGGUAACUGUUUAUUGUUACGUUGGAAAUUUCCAGUGAUUAUAAGGAUGACAAAAAGGAGGGGAUCAGCUCACCAGUGAAGAGUGCUCUAGGCUACUGAGAGGAAGAGGAAGAUCGCUUGGAAGCAGGAAGAACGCGGCUAGAUCGUUUGAACGUGACCAUGGUAACUCGACAGGCCUAGAAUUGGAAAAACAGGCGAUGCAUCUGAUUUUACUCUGGGCGUUGGUCGCCCUAAUUGGCCGCGUCCACUGCAAAUGUAGCCUAGCGCCGAUUGUGGAUGACGAACGGUCGAUCGCCUACGCUUGCACACACGGCGACCUGAACGACCUCGACGAGAUAUCUAGUGACGCGGACUGGAUAGAAUUCACGGUGUCCCGAUUCCAUCUUAUCCCAGACAACGCUUUCUGGCGCUUCAAAAACCUCCGUCGAUUGUCAUUCUACAAUUGCCAUGUGAACUUUAUCGCCCCGGACGCAUUCGCUGGUCUAAACAGACUAGAGUGGCUCAUAUUCCAUGGAACAAAGAUCCAUGCAGCCAGAUCCAUUUGGUUUCGUCCUUUGACUAAUUUAAGAAAACUUGUUUUGGAUAGAUGCAGUUUGGUGCAUAUAGAGCCCGAUAUUUUCCGUAUGCUGCCCAGAGUGGAGACUCUAGGCUUGCGUGAUAACGAUCUGGACUGUUUACCGACCGAGGAACUGUCUUAUCUACGCUUGCUCAAGGUUGUACGCAUCGAUGGUAACCCUUGGCUUUGCGAGUGUCGACACCGGCUAGACGAAUAUUUUCGAUCUAGAUCCAUUGUUCAGGAAGCGGAAUGUACGAGACAAAUUACUGUCUGCAGGAAAUAUCAAUGCAUGACUCCAAUAGGUUUACCUGUUCUUCCUUCUAUUCUGACGACUCAACAGCUAUACGAUUUUAGCAGGGAGCGCACAGUUAAUCGUGGAAACGAAUUUCAAACGAACGUGUUCACUUCCCUAGACCGAUUACCGGAUAAAACCACCUGGAUCGAGAUUUCAGGUCUGAGCAUAGAAACACUUCCCAAAUACGCGUUCUUCCGUUUUGGAAAUAGUUUAAGAAACUUGGAUUUGAACGACUGUCAAAUCAGCGUGAUCGAAAGUGGAGCUUUCGCAGGCUUGCAUAAAUUACAACGUCUCUCCUUAGUCGGUAAUCGAUUUCCAAUUUUGGGCUCCAACUGGUUCCGUGAUCUCGUCAGUCUUCAGCAAUUAAUUCUUCAAAGAAAUUACAUAGAACAGAUCGAACGUACAGCACUGUGGCAUGUUGGCAAUACUUUGAGGCAUCUCGAUAUUCGAGAUAAUUUACUUCGAUGUAUCGCUAUUGAGGAAUUGGCCGAAAUGAAAACAUUGGAGAGGUUAGACGCAGCUGGAAAUCCAUGGUUAUGUACUUGUCGAGAAAAUUUGCAAAACUUUUUAACUCAACGAAAGGUGGGAUUUGAAAUCAAUUCUGGUAGAUGCUACGAAAGCGAGGACGACAUAUCAGAUGGCAACACGGGCUGGCGUGAGCAACAGAUGAUAGUCGAGGACACUUCAAUCACCACUGGCAAAGUGCACUGGACCUCCUUUGAAGAUACUAUCAAACAGUCGAAUAUAACAAUAGUCAGACCGCCACCUUCAACUCCUCCUCGACCGAAAAUUCACGGCAUCAUGGCUCAACCCCCUGUUUAUGAAGGCUUAUGUUAUCCUGAAAAACCCAAUGGAUCGAUCUAUGUUUGCAAGGCCAUCACAUCAAUCGAAGAAUUAACCAUAAUACCACUCACAGUGCAAACUAUUAACGUCACCUUGUCGAACAUCAAAAAAAUUCCGCAAAAUACGUUCGUGCGUUUUAAUGGAUACCUCACGAGACUCGAACUUCGAGAUUGUGGUAUCGAGACUAUCGAACCUCGUGCUUUUACGAAUCUACACAAUUUACAAUACUUAUCCCUUCGAAGCAAUCAACUGGAAUCUAUAAAUGCCGAUACUGUCCAAGGUCUUUACAACCUAAAACAUCUAGACAUAUCCCAUAACAACAUAUAUCGAAUCACAAACGAUGUGUUCGAUAAUUUACGGUAUUUAAUAAACCUAGAUAUGUCUGACAACUCUAUGAACUGCAUAGGCGUGGAAUAUAUGGAUCAACGAUUACGCUACCUAACCUCUCUAGAUGUUUCGAAUAACCCUUGGAGCUGUUUAUGUGGAACGAAAUUGGCCGAAUUUUUGGACACUCGCGACAUAAAAUAUGAUAAAAAUUCAUUGCUACUGAGAGAAGACUGUUACGCGUCAACUCAACCGGAAACGACCAUUAUUCCUAUGAUUUCGACUACAGCUAGUACUUCUCUCUGGAACGAAACUAUAGAAGGGACCUGCAUGAGUCAUCAGGAUAAUACAGGGAUACGUUAUCGAUGCACAGGUGGUAACUUAUUGUUGCUGCAAUCGAUACCAACAGAUGUCACAGCCAUUGAAUUUCACGAAGGCCACUUACCGCGGCUACCUUCAGACUCAUUCUCAAGAUUUAUGAAUUUACGCGAACUUAUUAUUCGAAAUUCUGGUUUAACCACUGUGGAACAGGGCGCAUUUAAGGGUUUACAUAUGUUAGAAAAUCUCACGAUUCAGGAUAACCCUCUCGAGAUGAUAGGGUCUUCUUGGUUCGUUCUGGAGCAUUUAGAAAGGUUAGAUGUGCGCGGUAAUUCUGUCAAAUAUAUCGAACCAGGAUCGUUUCGCAAUUUAAAUAGACUCUCUUAUCUGAAUCUUGAGGGAAACGACUUGAGAUGUAUUUUCACCAGUGAUUUAAACGAUAUGCCUGAUGUGUAUAUCGUGGAAUUCUCUGGGAAUCCUCUAAAGUGGAGAUGCAGAGUAGAAUUAGAGCAAUUUUUGGAAGCUAGAAAAAUUAGAUUUAUAAAAAUCGAGAAUUCCUGCGAAGGGAAAAAGAUAAUGAGGAAUCUUCUUUUACAAAAUAAAACCGAUGGUACAUUCGAUUGUCCUUCUGAUUGUUCAAUGGCUACUGAUAUUGUUAGACACUUUUCAAUCAUAUCUAUACUACCAUUGCUGAUAACAUUGGUUUAUUAAGUGGCAUUGUAUUAAAUACUUAACUAAGAUACAAUGAUGUAUGUGUUCAUUCAUUACAAAGCGCGUUUUGCAUUGUAUCUGUAACCGAAUAGAAAUUAGGUUAGAAUUUAUACGCGUUAUUAAUUUUUUUUACUAAUUGAAGAAUAUUUACGUUGGGGGUGUGUGACGAAAUAUUGUAACGCAGUGCUUAAACAUCUA